AUGCGUGAGCUGUCACAAACCAUCAUGGCGGCUGCCAAGGUGGGAAAGAGUCGCGUUUUCCUCAAAAGCUUCCGAAGUUGCGUGGCGUUGGCCCCGUUGCCCGGCGGCUUUGCCUCCUCUUCGUCUCCUGGGGGCUUCUCGGGCACCGGAGGGCCGGGGAAAAGUGGCGGACCCCCUCCCUCAGAAAGCCGGACUUCAGAUUUUUGCCCUCCUUCACAUUCUUGCAACGAUUGGAUUGGUCCUCCUGAUCGAUGUUCAAACCUCCGACCAGUAAUAUUUUAUAUUCCUAAGCAUGAAUCCCCUUUGGAACGAAGACUAAGAAAGCUUAGACAAGAAACUCAGAUUUGGAAUCAACGGUUCUGGGAAAACCAGAAUAUAUCAUUUAGAAAGGAAAAAGAAGAAUUUAUUUACUCCAGGUUGAAAGCCAAAGGUCUACAGCUCAGAGAUGAAAAAGGCCAAAAAGCUACCUUGGGUGUUGAAGAAAUGGCAGAAUUUUACAGAAUUUUUCUGAGUAAAAACUUUAAAAAACAUAUAUGCUACAACAGGGAUUGGUACAAACGGAAUUUUACCAUCACUUUUCUGAUGGGACGAGUGGCAUUUGUGAAAGCUUGGAAGAGGCUUUGGCUGAAAAAAGACUAAAGUAGAAAACUAUCCAGUCACAGCAUUGGUGAUAUGUGGUAAAAGAAUUUCGCCUUUCCCGGUAUCUGCAUUACAGCCCUGUUUCUACGUUUCUUAAAUAUGAAGCUAGAUGAUACCAAAUCCAAUUGGGUCUUCCUCUAUAAAGUCAAUUGAUGCUAUUUCCCUUUAAAGGCUGAAAGUUGAUGUUGGUCCCAGUUGGAGUAUGCCUGUGACAUUGGUGCAACUCAUAUUAUUCUGUUUGUGAUUAAGGAUUAGCUUUAGGUGGCAGCAUUCUACUAAUUGCAAGCUAACAUUGGGAUAAGGCUGUACUUAAUACAAGCUGCAGUGUGUUAAUUGCCAUCUUGACCUGCAAGCAGAUGGUGAUAGUGAUGAUGAUUAGCA